AAUUUAUGCUUUAUUUGCACGUAAAAAUGAUUAGAUGUAUGUGCUGGAUUGUGUAAUUUGUUGUUUACUUUUUUGAGAACCCGGAAAAAUUGUAUAAUUUUUCAUUCAAACGAAUUGAUAUAAAUAUCUCACAAUUUACGGAGCAGAUCAAAAUUAAGUAUGAAGAACGUUGGCCAAGAAACCACUUGUAAAUCGAAAAAUGCGGCGAAUGCGGAAGUAAACGAAAAGGAGAACAGUAAGAUGGAUUGGUGGCUCGUGUUUGGAGGCAUAAUUAUACUUACUUUAAUCACUAGAUUCUACAAAGUGACAGAGCCUGAACAUGUUUGUUGGGAUGAAACACAUUUCGGUAAAAUGGGCAGCUGGUAUAUAAACAGGACAUUCUUCUUUGAUGUACAUCCACCUUUGGGAAAGAUGCUCAUUGCUUUAUCUGGAUAUAUGACAGGAUAUGAUGGUAAAUUUGCCUUUGAAAAACCAGGAGACAAAUUUGAGAAUGUCAAUUACAUCGGUAUGAGAAUAUUCUGUACAAUUUUGGGUGCAUCCAUCGUCCCUUUAUCUUACCUCAUUGUGUGGGAUCUUACUAAAUCAAUUCGCGCUUCUGUGCUUUCUGCCAUUCUCAUUCUAUUUGAUGUAGGAUUGUUGACAUUGAAUCAGUAUAUACUCCUGGAUCCGAUACUUCUGUGCUUUAUAAUGUGUGCGACCUGGGGCAUGGCACGUGUGGCUUCACUUCGGGAUCGGCCGUUCACGCGAUCCUGGUGGUCGUGGUUAUCGUUUACCGGAGCCUCGCUCGCGUGCACGAUCAGUGUGAAAUUCGUCGGACUAUUUGUCGUUCUGCUCGUGGGUCUUUAUACCGUGUAUGAGCUCUGGCGAGAAUUGGGAGAUUUGUCUAAACCUGUAUCUUAUGUGGGGAAACAUUUGUUAGCACGGUGCUUUUGUCUCAUCCUAUUACCGGUUUUACUUUACAUGCUAUUUUUUUAUAUACAUCUUUCCGUUUUGAACAAAAGCGGAAGUGGCGAUGGAUUCUACAGCUCCGAAUUUCAGUCGCUCUUGCGAGGAAAUUCAUUAUAUAACGCGACGAUGCCGCGGCAAUUGGCAUAUGGUGCCACCAUCAUUAAAAAUCAUCGCACAGGCGGCGGUUACUUGCACUCCCACUGGCAUUUAUAUCCUGAGGGAGUCGGUGCCAGGCAGCAACAGAUUACGACCUAUUCCCACAAGGACGACAAUAAUCUAUGGCUGGUGAAGAAAUACGACACAGAUGCGAUACCGUCCGAGCCGGAGUUGGUCAAACACGGUGAUCUUGUUCGUCUGGAGCACGUCAUCACCAGACGGAAUUUACACUCGCACAAGGAGAUCGCGCCAAUAUCGAAGAAGCAUUACCAAGUCACCGGAUACGGAGAAAACGGUACGGGUGAUGCUAACGACGUCUGGAAAAUAUUGAUAACGAACGGAAGAAACGGCGACGUAGUAGAAACGGUGACGAGCAAGUUGAAAUUUGUGCAUUAUCUUCAUCAUUGCGUGUUAACUUGCAGCGGCAAAACCUUGCCGAAAUGGGCAUACAGUCAACAAGAAGUCUCCUGUAAUCCGAACAUGAGAGACAAGAACGCGUUGUGGAACAUCGAGGACAAUCAGUAUGCCAAAUUACCCAACGUCAGUUUCCGGGUGUACGCGCCGGGAUUCCUCGACAGAUUCCUGGAGUCACACGCCGUGAUGCUGCAAGGAAAUUCGGAUUUGAAAGUGAAAGAGGGAGAGGUGUCCUCGCGGCCUUGGCAGUGGCCUAUAAAUUACAGAGGACAAUUCUUCUCCGGGAACAAUCAGAGGAUAUAUCUGCUCGGCAAUCCCAUUAUUUGGUGGGGAAACAUAGUCUUCCUCGCGAUAUUCGUGAUUCUUUACGUUCACGCAUCCGUGCGCGAGCAGCGAGGCUGCGUCGACGACGCCGUCGUCCUCGAGCAGCGCAGCAAGAUCACGCACGCCGGCAAGUGGCUCUUCCUCGGAUGGAUCCUGCAUUACGUGCCGUUCUGGGCGAUGACCAGGGUUCUCUACUUCCAUCAUUACUUCCCGGCGCUGUUAUACAGUUCUAUGCUGACUGGGAUUACGUUGAAUCACAUCAUCGAACACCUUUUAUUGCUGCUUCCCGGUAAAGUGGGAAAUACGAUUUACCAUGUCGCAUUUGGAACUGUCAUUUCCAGUACUGUAUAUAGUUUUUAUCUGUUCUCGCCGUUGGCUUAUGGGAUGGACGGACCUUCCGCCAUGGAUCCCGAGAGCUCGAUGCAUUCUUUGCGAUGGAUGGAAUCUUGGGAAUUUUAAAGUCUAAUUUAACGGGCGUGAUGCAAAUUUUAUAGAGUACUUAAAUAUUUUAUACAUAUAUAUAUCUCUUUGAGAACGACUGAGACAUGCUAGACAAGAAUGCUCAUCUUAUUUAUAUAAUUUAGAUUUUAAUUUAGAUUUUAUAUAUUAUAAUU